CAAAUGCGUCUAGUGUGCGUAAUUAAGCCUACUGCUAUAUAAAUACAUAUGCUUUGGUCACGAACACAUACAGGAAAGACACUGUUACACAAUGAUGAUCAUUUUAGUGUGUUUAAUAGGGUUUUGCUGUGCGCAAAGUCAAUCAUUAAAUAAACGGACAGAGCCUUCUUGCUAUACAAGCAACCGGUUUGAGUACGAGUUUGGGGUGCUGGAAAAACUCGAAAGCUUACAGAGGGACAAAAACGAACUGCUUGCCAACGUCAAAUCUCUUACAGCUCUCGUUGACCAGCUGGCCAGAAAAACUGAUGAGGACAAAUUGAUGAUACAAAACCUCACAGACACUGUUAACAGUAUAAAAGGACUUAAGGAUCCCGGUGGAGACACCUACAUUCGCUGGGGAAGAACAGAGUGCCCAAUCGAUACAGACGCUGAACUUGUCUACAACGGGUUUGCUGGUGGGGCACCGCAUGAUAAGCAUGGCAACGGUGCCAACUACCUAUGUCUACCUAAGGAUCCACAGUGGGGUCCGGAUACGACGCCAAGCUACAAAGGUGACGUGCAUGGUGCCGAGUAUCAAGUUCAUGGAACAUUCUGGGAUCAUUUAAAAGACAACGACGUACCGUGUGCCGUGUGUAGGACGUCCAAAACCAAUGUUCUUAUGAUUCCAGCCAGACAAGAAUGCUACGAAGGUUGGAAUAAAGAAUACCAUGGUUAUCUUAUGGCAGAACGGGAUACUCAUCAAUCUAAUAAAGAAUAUAUUUGCAUGGAUGGUGAACCAGAAGCACGAAUAGGGACACAAGCUAAUGUAAACGGAGCACUGCUACAUUUUCAGCAAGCAGUGUGUGGCUCCCUGCCAUGUCUGCCUUACAUUGGAGGAAGAGAACUAACAUGUGUAGUUUGUACAUAUGAGUCAUUGUAAAACUCUUAUUCAUGCUAUAUUGCUUUACUAUAUGAUCACUAAAACAUUUCGAGGAAAUAUUACAAACGAUUUUAAAGCAUCAGUAUCAUUAGUUUGAAUAUACUUACUGUGGCCUUAUUGAAUUCCUGUGUCGGCCUCAGUUGAUAAUGUAUAGACAAAAAAAACAUGCUUUUAUAUCGAUCAGAAACAAAUCUCAAUGCUAUUAAUUGAUGUUAUGACCACUAAGCCAAACAGUAAACGGACCUAUAAGAGUU